AAAGCGGCCCCUAUCUCAGACCCCCCCCCCCGCCCAGCAGCUGCAGUAUGGAUCCAAGUGAGAUGACAAAUAUGCUGGAGCCGGCUGGACAUUCCCAGCGGGGGAGUGUGUCGUCCUCUGCAGUUAGACACUCUGAGGUCCUGAUUUAUUUGGUGAACAACUCGGUCAUUCAGCUGUCUGUGGAGAGUCUGUCGUCUCUCACAGCAGGGGAGCUGGCCAGGACGGUUCGGGAGGCGUUGCGAUUACCCGAUCAGGCUCACGAGGUUUUCUCAUUCUGGCUCAUCUCGCCCUUCCUUGAGCUGCAGCUGAAACCCAAACACUGUCCGUACAAACUCUGUCGGCAGUGGCCCGACCUCCUCUACCGCUUCACUAAGUGUUCAGCCGAUGAAAUUGUUCAUGAUGAACCAACCUUACAGUAUCGGAAGAAUGUAUUCUUUCCCAAGAGCAAAGAGAUGCAGAUCCAGGACGACGGUAUUCUCCGAUUGUUGUACGAAGAGGCGAAAUGUAAUAUUCUGGAGGGCAGGUAUCCCUACGACUUGGAAGACUGUCUUCAACUGGGGGCCCUUGCUUGUCGAAUAGAGCUCGGCCCCUUUGACCAGGAGCAGCAUAAUCUGGCCUUCCUCAGGGGGAAAAUUGAAACUCUGCUCCCCGCGCACCUGUGCAAGAAGCACGGCGGGCUGUUGGCGGCCUUCCGAUCGCGAGGAGCCAAGCAACACAGCUAUGAAGAGAUGCUGCUCGAGUCCUUCAGGCAGCUGGUGGAGGCUGCUGCAUGUGAGGAGACCGAGGCACUGAAGCUGCUCUACCACCAGUAUCUACAGAAGUGUCACGUACUGCUUUAUUACGGCUCUGCAAUGUUCACCGGCCAGAUUGACAAACCCGUUCAGAGUUUUCUCCAGCGGAAUGGACGCAAACCUGUAACGAUAGCGAUCAGCCUCGAUGGUGUGUCUGUCAUGGACAGUAAAGAAAAGUGUGUGCUGUUGGCUCUGUGCUAUCAUGAGCUCUCCUGGGAAUAUACCUCCUCUGAGGACGAAGACACUGAUGACAUCUUGUGGCUGGAAUUCGAUGGAGAGGAGGGGGGAGCUGUUGUGAACAAGCUUCUGAAGAUAUAUUCUAAACAGGCAGAGCUGAUGAGCGGGAUGAUCGAGUACUGCAUCGACUUCAACGGUGCCGCAGAGACGCCGCCAGCGCAGGACGCUGUCGUUGCCAAGCCGCCACGGCCAAAGGAGAAGCGCGGCAAACUGAAGCGGCAGAACAGCGUGGUGUGCAACCAGAUUCACCAGCUCUUGACCAUUGACUAUGUGGAGGAGGGCAAAGAAAUCAAGCGGGUGAAACCCAAGAGAGCCGCCUCGUUCUUCACAAGGCAGGUGUCGCAGGGCCCGGCCUCGUACAGUACUGUGGCCGUCGCGGAGACGCUGGAGCAGGGCUGAGGCGGCCGACUGGAAAUGGACGCUCUACUGGGAAAUGAAAACAAGGGCUGACGAGCUGGGGGGGGGGGGGGGGGGAGGAGGAAUUGAAGCAAGAAAUUGUGCCAACAGCCAAAAUUCACUUGGUAUUUCAAAGAGGUGCUGUAAAUCCAUCUCCAGGAGUUUCUGAAGCCAGGUGCCACACGAUGUGACGAUCCCCCAUUACCCAGUAUUGUACCUGGAGUCUAGGAAUCGUUUAAACACAAAUUGCCGUAUGUAUAAUAUAUAAUCUAUUAUUUAAGAAGAGAAUGAAUGGAGUUGUAGAUACGUAAUGAUUUAUGAAGUGCAGUGGUUCCCUGCACAAUUUGUGGUCCUUUACAUUUCUGGCGGAAAUCCAACUCUCCUCACUGUCCUGUCCUGCCCUGACUACAGGUUUCAUAUGUAGAGAUGCACUUGGGAUAAUCCUUCCACACGAUCUCAAAGUCCAUCGCUCUGACUGUGGGACGAGCAAUUUUUGCCAUGUGGAUGCAAUGAAGAGUUUGGGGGGGGGGGGAAGUUGGGGAGAGAGUGGGAAUCACAAUUUUUUUGAAAUAACAGGGGAUUUAAACUGAAUCAAUGAUAUAUGCGUGUUGGCCUCUGGAGAAAGAGCCUUUUUUCACAUUUGUGCGGUCAUUAGGACCUGGUACUUGCCUUAUCCUUGCUGCUACUGAUGUCCAGCAUCACGGUUUAGUUCACGUCUCGGUGCCUUUUUUAAUGCAUUUCAUUUUUUUUAAAUUCUCCCUCCUGAAUGCCUACAAGUGCAGGGGGAGAUGAGGGGGAACAGAAGCUUGGCUCCAGCGCUGUCGGCGUGAAGAGACGGCUUCUAGUCCGAGCUCAAACACUUCGCUACAUUCCUGAUUUUUGAAUUUUCCACCUUCCCCUCAGCCCAGGGUGUGUCGCAAGCGAUCUUGUUGAGCGGGUUUGGGUCCGAUUUGUGUCGACGUUCGCAUGGAUCCCCAGCAAAGAUCCACCCUCCAGCAUUCCCAGCUGCAAUCCCACUUGCAAAUGGCUGCCCCCUUCCUUCCCACUUCCUUCUAACUGUUGGCAAACCCUCACUGUCAACAGCAAAAAAAGAAUUAGUGUCCUUAGAAUGGCGUAGAGGACAGAUCUGCGACACCUGCUUCUAUUUAAUGACACGCCAACAGCUUGGAAAGCUAACGUUACAGGCUGAAAGAGUUGAAUCAAAUCUGGGACGGUAUUGUUUCAGUAGCAAUAAAAGAUGUAUUACAUUCCUAAUAGACUACUUUCAUUGCUUUUAAACUGUGUGUGCGUAGGGAGCUGUGGUGCUCCGAUGAAUACGUAAUAUCUCUUCCCCUGGAAAACAAAUUGUAAGACGGAAGUUCUGGGCUGCACUGAAAUUAAUCCAAAGAACACUGCUGGGUGCAGUGUCCAUUUCUGAAUGCACUAUAUAAGGUAACGGAUUCCAGAAUCAUAGUCUGUUUAGGAGAUUACUGUUCUAUUUUCAAGUGGUUUAAUCUGCUGUGUACAAAUGAAUUAUUUUUUUUGGGGGGGGGGGGUUGUUCCCACUAAUUGUCAAUGCACGUGUUUCACAGGUUUGCAAUAUUCAAAUUUCUUUCUACUAAUGUGAAUUAAAAAAAACAAAAACACUUUU